CUUCAUCCACAAUUUUCUUACCCCAGUUGUCAUGCGUCCCAGGGUUAUAUCCAGGACCCAAUAUAAAGGCCAAGCCUUUACCACUUCUAUGAAUACAGCUACUGGGAACUUCCAAGACUUGGUCAGCGCGGCCCAAAAUGACUGUCCCACUGAACCUACAACAGAAUGCGAUACUGGUGAAGAUGACUAUGAGGACCAACUCCGAGAAUCUCAGACUCGUCGCCGACCACCCAUGAUGGUGGAUUGGCGUCGCAAGAUUUGUAAUUUUCUCAACAUGUCUGGCUCCUGCACCGACGACGAGAUCAUGGAAGAACUUGAAGCCAAAGACGAUCUUUUGAGAGAGUCUGAGUCCCUGAAACGAAAGGCGUCCGAUAAACAGGGACCACCGAGGGUCCAGGUGAUCAAUAAAAUUGAAUGCAGGACCGAAAACACAUACCGUAUCUACCUAGAUGAGCCUUGGCUUGUUGAAAAUGGGCCUUAUCAAGCGCAUUUGCGUUGCAGCAGAUCGAUUGAGAAUUUGGAACUAUAUUUGGAGAGAAACAAGGACAUCAUAUGCCUUGCGUAUCGUAACUACGUUUGCUGCGGAUCAACACCACCUAUUCGAAACCCUGCCCACUUGGAUUUGCUUUCUAGUGAGUGGGUUGAAAUUGUUGCGGGGGAACUGGAAUCGGCUUGGAGUAGUCUUCUCAACAACGACCCUGCUCGAGAACUUCAGGAAAUGCUUGAUCCUGGCGGGGAUCAUCUCGUUCAAGAAACUCGACAUCCAUACCUUUGGUGGUUUCAUAACCGCGAAAAUAUCGAGACAUGGAAGAAACGGCUCAGUCAAGAGGCUCAAGACCAAAUCGAAGCUUUUCAAUCUUAUUUAAGAACCACUCUUGGCGAUGAGUGGGACACUGUGGAUGCUAUGCUGCGUAAAGGCAAAAUCACUGCCAAGUAUUUGGGGUAUAUCUUUAUACCGGGGCAAAUAGUUAUCGAGGAACCAACGGGACCUUCCAUUACCCAAUGGAAGGCAUAUACUACAACUAGCUGGCUUAAUAUACUCACGCCACUUGCAACUGGAUGCACAAUGGAGGUGGAAAUUUCCGCCAAGCAUUGGGCUUUUGAUGGCAACUUCCAACAAGUCAAUACUUCUCUCACUAUUUCACGCCUACCGUCUAUGACGGAGGAGUUUUCGAUCAAUGCUAUGACAGUUUUUCCGAUGGAAUACUGCGACAAUGAUAUCGUGGACAGUCUCAGAAGACGUGGGCAGAUGUUUUGGAAGUGUCGGCGUCGCAAAUACGUAUGUGCUCGAGAUGCCCCUCAGGAUUAUCAAUACAAUACAAGUUCCAGUUCCCGAUUUAUGAUCGAUAUCGCGACAUAUAACCAGAUGCACCCGCCUGCCAACAACCGACCUGCGCCAACCCCAUUACAGGAUGAACUUGGGCCUCAUGUGAUGGCUCAAGAUGAUCCACUGCCUGACCUGGGUGACGAGUUCUAUAUGUGCCUUCCUACAACUGUUUAUGGGUUCAACAUGCAGAAGAAGGACUGGGUCAAGUUGGAAGUGGAAUUACUUCAAGAGGUAACUUGGAACGAGGAGGCUUUUGAUUUACUAGUAAUGGAACGCGAGACAAAGGAACUGGUACAAGCAGUAGUAACAAACCACCUGGACGAGGACCGGGAUACAGACGUCAUCCACGGGAAGGGAAAUGGGCUCUUUAUACUACUCCAUGGAGGCCCCGGUACCGGAAAAACACUUACUGCUGAAAGUGUUGCUGAAAUCGCAAAGAAACCCCUCUACAGAGUAACGUGUGGCGACGUGGGCACCAAAGCUGAAGAAGUAGAGAGUUACCUUGAAGUUGUGUGCCUCCUUGGAAAGACAUGGGGAUGCGUGGUGUUACUUGACGAAGCAGACGUGUUCCUAGAACAGCGUAAGCUUGACAGUCUUGAUCGCAACGCCUUAGUAUCAGUCUUCCUUAGAGUUCUAGAGUACUAUGACGGUAUCAUGAUUCUUACUAGCAACAGAGUAGGUAUUUUUGACGAGGCGUUUAAAUCCCGGAUCCAGUUGAGUUUACGUUACAACAACUUGGAGAGAGACCAAAGACGCCAGAUCUGGGAAAAUUUUAUCAACCGGCUCGAGAAGCUCGAAUUUCAGCGCACAACGCAGGGUUGCGAGCAAUCAUCUGACGUCUUGCUCCGUAAGCCUCAGAUUAUUCCGAGAGUCGGUGUGGAUAUAAAGAGCAUGCGAGAUCGACUGGAAGACUUAGCAGCCGCUCCGCUUAACGGCCGCGAAAUCCGUAACAUGAUUUCAACGGCAAGACAGCUGGCUGUUUUUCGUGGUGAGAAACUGGCAUAUCACCAUCUAGAUGCCGUCAUUGCAGAAGCACAUAAGUUUGAAAAGUACAUCAGGAGUGUUCAUGAUGGAUUCUCGUCGGAUCAGAUGAAAAAAGAGCAGAGAGAACGAUAGUUUAAUAUAUGCAUUUGCUGUUUUCUAAUGUCAUAUUGUG